UAAAAAAAAAAAAAAAAAAACUUUAACUUAUAAUCGCUAGACGUAAAUCUUUGCUAAACAUGCCUUCAUUACGGCAACUGAAGCGAGCAUCGUCAAGCGAAAGCUCCCAUAAAGAUCUGAAAAAGCCAAGACGGGAGAGUUCUCGUAGCAAACUCAAAAUUCCUGAACCAAAGGCGGUCAUUCAACCAUCGCUAUCACCAGAGCAAAUACUACAGUCGUCAUGGAAGUUCCUUGAAUUUGCGCAGUUUUGCCUGACUUUCAAAAUCCACCUUGGAUUACCACCGUUAACGAUAGACUCAUUAGAGUCAAUGUUACUGAACAAUGAGGCAACUCAAAAUUCAGAAGACGGAGACUCCGUAAACUCAGAAAACACUCCAGAUAACAAUGAUGGCCUCUCUUCAAUAUACUCAAAUGAGCACACCAGCAAGCUAGAGGAUCUAGUCCUACCAUUGUUUCAAAACCUCUCGCAUCCCAAGAGGUUACCUUCAAUAUUUGAUAUAGGGGAUAGUCUUCUUCGACUGCACAAAUGGCAUAAUCUGUCUCUCGAUGGAGUCAAAAGUAGUAAACCGACGGCAAACAAUUUUUAUCAACUGACGAUGGAUGAAAAAGUUGACAUAUUAUAUACGUUGAUGGAGAAUGUAAUGGAUAAUCCUGGCUCAGAAAUUGGCGAGCUUUGUAGGAGCGGUGAUUUAGAAUUCAAGCGAUACGAGUCCAUAGGCACCGACACUGAAGGAAGGUCGUACUGGAUGUUUGGUAGUGAACGACUUUAUAGAGAGGCUCCUUUAAGUUCGGUCAAACGAAAGGUCCCAACGUUACCAAAUCGACCCCACACCUACGAAUUAGUUUGCCAAUAUCCAGAUGAUUGGCGAACAUUCUUAAAAGAAAUAAGUUCGAAACGAAAAGGUGGCAAAGUAUUUCCUCCAGACUUAGUUGAAGAGCUCAAGGUUAGAGGAGAAGGCGUCAUUGAAAACCACGAGCAGAAGGAACGGGCAAUCUUACGGCGAGAAGAAAAACUACAUAGAGCAAUUAUGAGAGCCAAGGCAUUUGAAAAUAUGCCACGGAAACGAAGCAGCCGACUGGAACAAAAAAAACAAGAACGUGAAGAGAUAACAAAAUUAGAGGAGGAGAUAGAUUCACUUGAAGAUAUUGAAGCUGUACGGCAAUAUGUAGCGCAAGAACAAUCGCCGCUUGAGGACUCGAAAAUUGAUACUGCUGACGAAAUUGAAACGGUUUAACAUGAAACUACUCUGGAGCUGAAAGAACAACGCAAUAUAGAUUGUGCGGCACCUGGCGCUGUUGAUU